CCUGUUCAAAAAUUGACAGCUGUAACAAUAAAAGUGAUGACGUUUACUGUUUUUAAGCAUGUAAACGAUGUAAAUCUGGAAAUUAUCUGAAUGAUCGCGAAACUGUUGUAAUUCCACGCUUUUCUUUUGUGUGCAAGCUGGAUUUUAUUCAUCCAAAGUGGCGCAGUUUGGAGGCGACAGAAUGCGACGUUCUCAGGGCUAUGCAUAUCAACCGCUAGCCCAGAACCCUGGUCCUAGCGGUCUGGGUAAUCAAAAUCACGAUGCACUAGAGGAAGAAAAUGAGCGGAUGGCCGAUGAACUCAAAGGUAAAAUUGGUGCACUGAAAUCACUCACAAUCGACAUUGGAAACGAAGUGCGGUAUCAGGAUAAGUUACUACGAGGAAUCGAUGAGGAUAUGGACAGGACAGGAGGGUUCAUGUCCAAUACAAUCACACGGGUUGUUCGGUUAGGAAAGGGAGGACAUAGGAGCUAUAUGUGCUACAUGUUCUUGUUUGUGAUGUUUGUGUUUUUCGUAUUGUUUCUAAUGCUGAAAUUUAGAUAGUAAAUGAUAACUGGAGUGUAAUUUGUAAGCCACUUUAUUUUAUGUCGUAUUUUGAGUGUGCCGGUGAAACACCAAUAAAUUUAUUGAACUGAAAGCAUAGCUUUGCUAUGUGAAUUUAUUGACCCAGAUGUAA